AACAAAUUAGUUUACGGCAGUGCACCGAAAGUUAAAAUAUUCUUUGGCCCAAAGCAAACAUUCGUCGGAGGUCAAAAAAGAUAGAAAAACAGAAUGAGUGCCAAUUCCUACUAAUGUUCAUCGAAAAUCAUUUAAAUACUGCAUAUCAACCGCUUCAGUUGUCAAUUCUCAAGCCAUUUUGCAAGUUAACAUAUCACAAAAAAAAAGAAAGAAAGACUAUUUUGUGUGCCCAAAAAUGUGGUCAAAUAAAGAGAGUAGUACGUUGAUUAUCAUCAUCGAAAAUCAAGUUUCAAGUGCAAUUCCAGUUACAUCAACGAACAACAAUCACGAGUUUACGGGCAAUUUACUUGACAUUGUCCGCGAUUGGAAUCUCAUCGCUAAUAAUCUGAAUCGAACCGUGUCUGAUUGCAAGAAACAAUGGCGUGAAUUGGUGCGUCAAUUUUUAUUUGCAACAAAUCGAGUUAACAUUGAUCAAAGUGACGCUUAUCGAAGUCCUGUCUACUCAAUUCAUUGGCGACACAUGGAACAAAUGAUGUUUCUUAUGCCAUACGCCGGCAAAUAUAAGCGAUAUGAAAAACCCGUUGAUUCGAUGGAAAUCGAAGAUACGGUCGAAGAAACAGUUAGUACCGAAGCGAAACAUUGUGAAUUUGAUAGAAUGACACCGCAACGCUUGAAAGAUGUCAUAAAAGAGAUAUUGAAAACCCGAUCAACACCAGCUUAUGCUCAAAAUCUAUUGAACAAUCUCAAGAGAUACUAUCACGAAGAAAAGUAUCUGGAUAAAAUCACAUACAUGAUCGAAUUGAAUACCGAUGGCUGGAGACAACAUGAUAAACUCAAAUUUUUUAAUUGGUACUACAAACAAUUGCAAAAAAUUGUAGCCAAACGAUAAUCACUGUCUCUGCUGGAGACCAUUCCACACACACACAGACACAAUCCAUAGGGUGGAAGCAUCAACAAAAUUCAAAUUGGCGCGCUGUUUAGUUCAGAAAAAAAUUAUGAAAUUACAUUGAUUUUCCUAUUUGAAUUGAGGGCGCUCGCGUCGCCACAGUUGUUUUCGGUCUUAGCUUCCACCCGAUGACACAAUCUCAAAAGAAGUAACAUUUUACAAGAAAUCUAGUACAACCGAAUUUAUUAACUGUUUUCUUUUUUCUAUUCAACUUGAAUUAAAUAAAGAUACAUUUUAAGAAGGAUAAAGCGAUUGCUGAACUUUUAUUUCAUUUAUUUGUUAUAUGCCAUGUUGCCUGACAGAAUUGUUAAUUGUUGAAGCUGUAACUAACAUAUGCGAUCUCUUCUUCUUUUUUUUCGUUUGACACAGGCGACAGCCGAUUUACAGGAAGCCUUCAAGCGGCCAGAAGCAAUCUCAGCUCUCUGUGAUGUCAUUGUGAGUUCACCAGAAGUGCAACAUCGGCAAUAUGCUGCCGUUUUGCUUACCAAACGGUUGGGCAAAUUGCGAAAUUGGCAACAAGUGCCAACUGAUCAUCAAGAAAUUAUGAAGCAGGGAAUGUUGAAUGCUUUGGUCAAUGAAAAAGAGAAGCCGGUUCGUAAUGCAAUCGCACAAUUUGUUGGAACGCUUAUCAAGCAUGAUUCGCAUUCGCCAGCUGGCACAUACACGUUGCAAGUGCUGAAAUUCGUGUUCGAUCACUGUGCAUCGGAAAAUGUUGCCCAACGUGAAGUUGGCACAUCAAUUUUUUCCACACUCACAGCAACCGCACCCGAUCAAUUUAUACCGCAUAUUGAUACCAUUUGCGAAAUGUUUACAUCGGCACUUUUGGCCGCUGAACAAUGUGAAAAUAUGGCAACACCGGUCAUUUCGAACGUUUUAUUAGGAAUGUGCAAUUUGGUGCCAUUCAUUUUGGGUCACAACAACGCCGAGGCCACAUACCAAAAAGCCAUUCCACACAUUGUCAAGGCAUUGGCCACAUUCGCUGUGCACGAUGCCGAUCAAUUCAUGAAAUCGUUCGAUGUGUUGGAAAAUCUUUGUGAUUACACACCAACUUUGUUGAACGGUAGCUUGAAGACACUCAUCGAUUUCUGUUUGGGAGUAUCGAACAAUGAACAAUUAGAGGAUUCGGUGCGUGUUCGUGCCGUGUCAUACAUCGGUUGGUUGGUGCGUUUGAAGAAGAAGGCGAUUAUCAAACAGAAAUUGGUCGAACCAAUCGUUCAAGUGGUAUUCAAAUUGAUGGCCACCGCACCAGAAGAGGGUGACGACGAAGAUGAAGAAGAAUACUUUGCCGAAGAAUCAUCACCAAAAACGUCAGCCACACAAACGAUGAACGAAUUAGCCUUACACAUUCCACCAGAGAAAUUGAUUCCACCAUUGUUGGCUUUGUUGGAGCCAGCACUUCAGGCAAACGAUCCAUUGUACAAGAAAGCCGCUUAUCUAUCGAUUGCUGUCAUUGCCGAAGGAUGCAGCGAAGCCAUUUGCAACAAAUACCUUCGUGUUCUUUUGGACUGUGUUAAAAAUGGCAUCUCCGAUCCAAAUCCAAUUGUUCGCAACGCUGCCUUCUUCUCAUUGGGCCAAUUUGCAGAGUUUUUGCAGCCAGAGAUCAGUAAAUAUGCGAAUGAAAUUUUGCCAAUCCUUUUCGAGUUCCUUCAAAGCCUUUGCAAUGAAAUUAGAAAUGGUCAACCUGAGCCAAAAUCAAUUGAACGUAUGUUCUAUGCGCUCGAAGUGUUCUGCGAAAAUUUAGAGGAUGAAAUUAUCCCACAUUUGCCAGCAUUGUUGGAACGUCUCUUUGAAACACUCAAUCCGGCCAACUCCGUGAAGCUGCGCGAUUUGGCAUUGGGAGCUGUGGGUGCGGUGGCACAAGCAGCAAAAAGCAACAUGUUACCAUAUUUCCCACAAUUGAUCGAAGGAUUGAAGGCUUAUUUGGUAAAAACUGAUAACGAAGACAUUUUAGAAUUGCGACCACGAGCCAUUGACACACUCGCAACCCUUGCCCGUACAAUUGGCAAAGAAAACUUUAUGCCAUUGGCCAAUGACACAAUGAACUUUGCCCUCACUCUCCUCUCCGAGGCCAACAACGAAGAGCCAGAGUUGAAGACGAGCUUGUACAACUUGUUGAGCGCAUUGUCUGAAGUUGUUAAUGCUGAGAUGGCACCAUUCCUACCGAAAAUUGUCGAAACAAUGCUUGACAGCGUGAAGAGUUCAGAAGGUUUGGUUCCACAGUUCAAAGGCGACAAAAAUGGCGAUGGAGAAACUGAUGAAGAAAUCGACCUCGAGCUGUCAGAUGAUGAAGAUGACGAAGACGAUGAAAAUCUUUUCUACAGCGUUGACAACGCUUACUGGGAUGAGAAAGAAGAAGCAAUCUUGGCAUUAAAAUUGUUGGCUGAAUACACUGGACCGGCUUUUGCUCAAUACUUGCAACCGUGCUUCGAAUCAAUUUACAAGCAAUUGGAUCACGUUAACAUCCGCAAGUCAGCAACUGAAGCAUUGGCUCAAUUCACGGUUUCAUUGUUCAAUUUGAAUAAUAUCGAUGGUGCCAAAAAUGCUGUGUCAAUCAUCGUUCCAAAGUUCGCCGAAGAAUUAAAGAACGAUGAAGACAUCCAUACAGCUAUGGCUGUGUUUGAGGCAUACAGCGUCAUCUUGAACACCAUGAAAAGUCAAGCUUUAUUCAAUGAGGACAUAAAAAAUCACAUUUUCAGCUGCAUUCAUGAUGUGCUUGCAUCGAAAGUGGCAUGCCAAUUCAACGAUAAUACUGGCGAUGAGGAAAAUGAUGAUAGCGAAUAUUUGGUUGCUCUACGUGAGUUGGCUGGUGAGGUGCUGCCAAAAUUGGGACAUUCACUUCAGCCACAAGAGUUUGAAAUGUACUUCAGUCGUGCCUUACCAUUGCUUUUGGAAAAAUUGGAAAAAUCCCGUAACAAUGAAGAUUUGAACAGUGAACGCAGUUUAGUAUACGGCACGUUGUCAGAAUGUUUCUCGGCUCUUCAACAAUGCACAGCCAAUUGGUUCGAUACUUUGUUACCACUUUAUUUGGCCGGCGUUCAAGAUGAAUACGAGGAAGCACGUCAGAACGCUGUCUUCGGUUUGGGUGAAUUGGUACUGUUCAGCGGAGAAAAGGCAUACGCACAAUUCCCACAAGUGUUGCAGGCAUUGUCACAGAUCGUUGCGGUUGAGAAAGAAGAAGGUGUACUUGACAAUAUUUGCGGUGCAUUGGCUCGUAUGAUCACGUCAAACAGUACACUGGUUCCUUUGGAUCAUGUGCUACCAGUUUUUGUACAGAAAAUUCCACUUCGCAAAGACUUCCACGAAAACAAAGCCGUCUUCAAAGCGUUCCACGUCCUGUUGGCUCAAGGUAGCGAAGCUUUCCUCAAAACAUUGGAUCGCGUCAUCGUGGUUGGCCUUCAUGUUCUUGGCGAAAACGAGUACAAAGAUGAUGAAACUCGAAACAUUUUGGCUGAUUUCCUACGGGAUAGCCGCCAACGAUACCCAGACAUUUUCAAUCAAAUUGUUGUCAAUAAUGCACAACAAGCUCAAUACGCCAGUCUCUUGAAUUAGUGGGAUUAAUUUUUAAAUUAUUUUGUUAACUGUUUACAAUUUUUUUUCAUUUCAAAAUUAUCCAAAACGUUUUUUCUUACUCCAUUUUUCACUUUAUUUUAUGCAACAUCACGACUCUGGUGGUCGCCUUUACUCAUUUUAAGUUAGAAAUGAUAAAAAAAAAUCAAAUUGAAAAACAUUUGGAAUGCAUACCAUUAAAUAAAGAAUUCAAUGCAAAUAAAAA